UGCGCAAGGUACAUCAUUCAGAACACAGGAGCGAGCGCGUUAACAUCUAUGUAUUGAGUUCUCCCCCAAGACGAUCCGCUCACGAGUGAGUCGUCUGGCUGGUUCUAUUUAUUUAAGAAAAGGAUAUUUAUUUAUUUUCGAGCCGCUUCUGGAGUUAACGAAUUGUGGAUCUAUGCACACCCCACGUGGAAUUGUACGACAUUUGUCAAGUUGAAGAGAAGGAAUGUAUCAUAUCUUUGUGAAACUGAUAUUUCUGAUUCCAGCCAUCGUCAGAACACAAGGUCUAAGAUGCUCUCUGCCCACUGAAUCAUGUCUGAACGGAGGGAGGUGUGAGGCCUCCCCAGACGGAAACGGAGAAUGCAAGUGUUCCAGUGACUAUGUGGGCAGCCGGUGCCAGUACCCCAACCCAUGCAGCCCCUCCCCCUGCAGGAACGGCGGCGAGUGCCGCUCGGUCUCCCAGGGCAACACGUUCGACUUCCGCUGCGUGUGCCGCCUGGGUUUCUCCGACCGGCUGUGCCUCACGCCUACCAACCACGCCUGCAUGAGCUCCCCCUGCAGGAACGGAGGCACCUGCGACCUGCAAACCCUCAGUGACUACCACUGCCGCUGCCCACCCGGCUGGUCAGGAAAGACGUGCCAGCUCGCCAACCCCUGCGCCUCCAACCCCUGCGCCAACGGCGGGCAGUGCUCCCCCUUCGAGUUCCACUACAUCUGCGCCUGCCCACCCUCCUUCCACGGCCAGACCUGCAAGCAGGACGUCAACGAGUGCGCCCAGACCCCGUCCCCGUGCCGCAACGGCGGGGUGUGUGUGAACGAGGUGGGCUCCUACCACUGCCGCUGCCCCCAGGAGUACACCGGCGCCCACUGCGAGACGCCCUACCUGCCCUGCAGCCCCUCGCCCUGCCACAGCGGGGGCACCUGUGUCCAGAAGGGAGACACCAUCUACGACUGCAGCUGCCUGCCAGGCUUCACAGGGCAGAACUGUGAACAUAACAUCGAUGACUGUCCCGGUCACAACUGUCAGAACGGAGGGCUGUGUGUGGAUGGAGUUAACACCUACAACUGCCAGUGCCCCCCUCACUACACCGGUCAGUACUGUACCGAGAACGUGGACGAGUGCGAGCUGAUGCCCAACGCCUGCCAGAACGGCGGCACGUGCCACGACACGCACGGCAGCUACCACUGCGUCUGCGUCAACGGGUGGACGGGCGACGACUGCAGCGAGAACAUCGACGACUGCGCCAGCGCCGCCUGUUACCAGGGCGCCACCUGCCACGACCGCGUGGCCUCCUUCUUCUGCGAGUGCCCGCACGGACGCACAGGUUUGCUUUGUCACCUUGACGACGCCUGCAUCAGCAACCCGUGUCAGAAGGGGUCCAACUGUGACACCAACCCUGUGAACGGCAAGGCCAUCUGCACCUGCCCUCCCGGCUACACGGGCUCCGCCUGCAACCAGGACAUAGACGAGUGCUCCUUGGGUGCCAACCCGUGCGAGCAUGGCGGACGCUGCCUCAACACCAAGGGUUCCUUCCAGUGCAAGUGUCUCCAAGGCUACGAGGGCCCGCGCUGUGAGCUGGAUGUCAACGAGUGCAUGUCCAACCCCUGCCAGAAUGACGCCACCUGCCUGGACCAGAUUGGAGGGUUCCACUGCAUUUGCAUGCCAGGUUACGAGGGUGUGUUCUGUCAGACGAACACAGAUGAGUGUUCCAGUAGCCCGUGCCUCAACAACGGCAAGUGCAUCGACAGGAUCAACUCCUUCCACUGCGAGUGCCCCAAAGGUUUCUCUGGUAGCCUGUGCCAGGUGGACAUUGAUGAGUGUGCCAGCACCCCCUGCAAGAACGGGGCCAAGUGCACCGACGGAGCCAACAAGUACACCUGUGAAUGCACAGAAGGCUACACAGGCCAGCACUGUGAGACGGACAUCGACGAGUGCUACUCGGACCCAUGUCACUACGGCACCUGCAAAGACGGCCUGGCCUCGUUCACCUGCUACUGUCGCCCUGGUUACACAGGCCGUCUGUGCGAGACCAACAUCAACGAAUGUCUGUCUCAGCCCUGCAAGAACGGGGGCAACUGCCAGGACAGGGAGAACAGCUACGUGUGCGCCUGCCCCAAGGGCACUGCAGGUUUCAACUGCGAGGUGAACCUGGACGACUGUAAGAGCAAGCCCUGCGACUACGGCAGGUGCAUCGACAAGAUCAAUGGCUACGAGUGUGCGUGUGAGCCAGGCUACACAGGCACCAUGUGCAACAUCAACAUCGACGACUGUGCCAUCAACCCGUGCCACAACGGUGGCACCUGCAUCGACGGCAUCAGCAGCUUCACCUGCCUGUGCCCGGAGGGCUACAACGACGCCACCUGCCUGGCACAGGUGGACGAGUGUGGCAGCAACCCCUGUAUCCACGGGCGAUGCCAGGACCUGGUCAACGGCUAUAAGUGCUUGUGUGACUCGGGCUGGAGCGGGCCCAACUGUGACAUCAACAACAACGAAUGUGAGUCCAACCCCUGCAUGAACGGGGGGACCUGCAAGGACAUGACCAGCGGAUACCACUGUACCUGCAGAGCUGGGUUUAGUGGUCCUAACUGUCAGACUAACAUCAACGAGUGUGGCUCCAACCCCUGCCUGAACCAGGGCAGCUGCAUCGACGACGUGGCCGGAUACAAGUGCAACUGUGUGCUGCCCUACACUGGUGAGACUUGCGAGACCCUGCUCGCCCCAUGCAGCCCCCGUCCCUGCAAGAACGGAGGGGUGUGCAAGGAGUCAGAGGACUACCAGAGCUUCUCAUGUGUCUGCCCCGAGGGCUGGCAAGGCCAGACCUGUGAGAUAGACAUCAACGAGUGUGUGAAGAGUCCAUGUCGCAACGCCGCCACGUGCCACAACACGGUGGGCAGCUACCAGUGCAACUGUCGCCCCGGCUACACCGGCCAGAAGUGCGAGACGGACAUAGACGACUGCAAGCCCAACCCCUGCAGUAACGGUGGCCUGUGCCGGGACGGCGUGGACAGCUUUGUGUGCACAUGCUUGCCGGGGUUCCGCGGGGGUCGCUGCGAGGAGGACAUCAACGAGUGCGAGAGCAACCCCUGCAAGAACGGGGCCAACUGCACCGACUGUGUCAACAGCUACACCUGCUCCUGCCCCCCUGGGUUCAGCGGCAUCAACUGUGAGAUCAACACCAAUGACUGCACUGAGAGUUCCUGCUUCAACGGAGGCACCUGCAUGGACGGGAUCAAUGCCUUCACCUGCCUGUGUCUCCCUGGUUUUACCGGCAUCUACUGCCAACAUGACAUCGACGAGUGCGACUCCAAGCCCUGCCAGAAUGGGGGCACCUGCCUGGACAGCUACGGCACCUACAAGUGCACCUGCCUUCAAGGAUACAUCGGGAUCGACUGCCAGAACCUGGUGCGUUGGUGUGACUCGUCCCCCUGUAAGAACGGGGGCUCGUGCUGGCAGCAGGGGGCGUCCUACACCUGCCAGUGUCAGACGGGCUGGACAGGACUCUACUGUGACAUCCCCAGCGUGUCCUGCGAGGUGGCUGCCAAGCGGCAAGGUGUGGAGGUGGCCCACCUGUGCAGGAACUCUGGCCAGUGCCUGGACGCGGGAAACACCCACUACUGCCGCUGCCAGGCGGGCUACACGGGCAGCUACUGUCAGGACCAGGUGGACGAGUGCUCCCCCAACCCCUGCCAGAACGGUGCCACCUGCACCGACUACUUGGGAGGGUACAGCUGUGAGUGUCUCCCAGGCUACCAUGGUGUGAACUGUUCCAAGGAGAUCAACGAGUGUCUGUCCCAGCCCUGCCAGAACGGAGGCACUUGCAUCGAUCUUAUCAACACCUACAAGUGCUCCUGCCCCAGAGGGACACAAGGCGUUCACUGUGAGAUCAACCUGGAUGACUGCAACCCCUCCACGGACCCACUGACCAAUGAGCCCAAGUGCUUCAACAAUGGCAAGUGCCUGGACCGGGUGGGUGGCUACCACUGCCUGUGUCCCGCCGGCUACGUGGGCGAGCGCUGUGAGGGCGACGUCAACGAGUGUCUGUCGGACCCCUGCGACCCCCGAGGGUCCUACAACUGCAUCCAGCUGACCAACAGCUACCGCUGCGAGUGCCGGACAGGAUACACAGGCCAACGCUGUGACAAGGUGUUCGAUGGCUGUAAGGGCCGCCCUUGCAGGAACGGUGGAACAUGCGCCGUGGCCAGCAACACGCCGCAUGGCUUCAUCUGCAAGUGUCCACCGGGCUACACCGGCUCCUCCUGCGAGUACGACUCCCGCUCCUGCGGCAGCCUCAACUGCAGGAAUGGCGGCACGUGCGUGUCGGGUCACCUGAGCCCCCGCUGCCUCUGCCCCGUCACCUUCACGGGGCCGGAGUGCCAGACCCCCACCGACAGCCCCUGCAACUCCAACCCCUGCUACAAUGGCGGCACCUGCCAGGGCAUCACCGACGCCCCCUACUUCCACUGCAGCUGCCCCUCCCACUUCAAUGGCCUGCUCUGCCACAUCCUGGACUACUCCUUCCCUGGAGGGUUCGGCAGAGACAUCACCCCCCCUCCCGAGGUGGAGGUGAGCUGCGAGAUCCAGCAGUGCGAUGAGUGGGCGGGCAACCACAUCUGCGACUCGCUGUGCAACAACCACGCCUGCGGCUGGGACGGCGGCGACUGCUCGCUGAACUUCGACGAUCCCUGGCAGAAUUGCUCGGCGGCGCUCCAAUGUUGGCGCUACUUCAACAACAGGGAGUGCGACGAGCAGUGCAACAGCCCCGGCUGUCUGUACGAUGGCUUCGACUGCCAGAGCCAGGAAGGGCAGUGCAAUCCUCUGUAUGACCAGUACUGUAAGGACCACUAUGCGGAUGGCCACUGCGACCAGGGAUGCAACAACGCGGAGUGCGAGUGGGACGGGCUGGACUGCGCCAACAACAUGCCCGAGAAGCUGGCCGACGGCCACCUGGUCCUGGUGAUCCACAUCGCCCCGGAGCAGCUGAAGAACGGCUCGUCGGCGUUCCUCCGCGAGCUCAGCAGCGUGCUCCACACCAACGUGAUCUUCCGCCGCGACGCCAACGGCGAGCCCAUGAUCUUCCCGUACUACGGCAGCGAGCAGGAGCUGGCCAAGCACAACGUCAAGCGCUCCACCGAGGGCUGGCCCGACUGGGCCGGGGUGCCGGCCAACGUCCUGGGCCAGAUGAAGGAGGGCGUGAGCUCCAUGAUCAGCCCUCGCCGACGCAGAGAACUGGACCCCAUGCAGGUCAAAGGGUCAGUGGUGUACCUGGAGAUCGAUAACCGCCAGUGCUACCAGCAGUCCCAGGAGUGCUUCCAGAGCGCCACCGAUGUGGCGGCCUUCCUCGGAGCGCUUGCCUCCAGUGGGAAUCUCAACGUCCCCUACAUCGAGGCUGUCACCAGUGUGAGACCCACCCCGCCCUCCACAGAGCUGUACCCCAUGUAUGUGGUGUUCCUGGGGCUGGCCGCGCUGGGCUUUGUCUGCCUGGGCGUGCUGGUGAGCAGGAAGAGGAGGAGAGAGCACGGCCAGCUGUGGUUCCCUGAGGGCUUCAAGGUGUCGGAGCCCAGCAAGAAGAAGCGCAGGGAGCCUGUCGGGGAGGAUUCUGUGGGACUCAAGCCUCUGAAGAACUCUGACAUCAAUCUGAUGGACGAUACGCACACGGAGUGGGGGGAGGAGGAGCCAGACUCCAGGCGCUUCAGGUUUGAGGAGCAGGCCAUGCUGGACCUGGACGACCACACCGACCACAGGAAGUGGACGCAGCAACAUCUGGACGCGGCCGACCUGCGCAUCCCCUCCAUCGCCCCCACGCCGCCGCAGGGCGAGAUCGAGAACGACUGCAUGGACGUAAACGUCAGAGGACCCGACGGCUUCACCCCCCUGAUGAUCGCCUCGUGCAGCGGGGGAGGCGUGGAGACGGGCAACCUGGAGGAGGAGGAGGACCCGUCUGCCGAGAUCAUCUCCGACUUCAUCUACCAGGGCGCCAACCUCCACAACCAGACGGACCGCACGGGCGAGACAGCCCUCCACCUUGCGGCGCGCUACGCCCGCUCCGACGCCGCCAAGCGCCUGCUGGAGUCCAGCGCCGACGCCAACGUCCAGGACAACAUGGGCAGGACGGGCUUCCCUGGCAGUAUUGGGACGGAGGGGGUCAAGGGGGAACUGGGGAUCACAGGAAAGGCAGGACCCAUGGGUGAAAGGGGUUUGGUGGGCUUCAUUGGGCCUGUGGGAGAGAUGGGGCUGGCAGGAGAGAAGGGGGAUCGAGGCGAGAUGGGCCUGCCAGGACCGCCAGGAGAAAAAGGAUCAAACGGACACCCAGGGACACCAGGUGAAAGUGGGCCCUCCGGGCCACCAGGAAAUCCGGGAACCCCUGGAUCUCGUGGGCCCAUCGGUACCAGAGGACCCAAAGGCAGACGGGGUGCAAGAGGCCCAGACGGUCCAACAGGCGACACAGGGUUAGAGGGCAAGAAGGGUCUUGAUGGUCCUCCAGGAAAAAUGGGAUUCCCGGGAGAGCAGGGGAAGAUUGGAGAGUCGGGAGAAGCUGGGCCUCCAGGGUUCCUUGGUAUCCAAGGACCUUCUGGACCUCCAGGAGACAAGGGAAUAGUGGGCGAACCAGGACCCCCAGGGCCACCAGGGACAGUGGGACCACUAGGAGAGAUUGGUCUGAAGGGUCCUCCGGGCAAGGUUGGAGAGUCCGGAUUGCUAGGCGAGCCCGGAGAGAAGGGAGCUCUUGGAGCCGCUGGGAACAUAGGAGAACAGGGACUAGUAGGACAACGGGGAGAACCAGGGCUGGAGGGAGAAGCUGGGCUUUCUGGUCCUGAUGGAACCAAGGGUGAGAAGGGUGACAUGGGGCAGGAGGGAGACAAAGGAGAGAAAGGAGAAACUGGACUGAAGGGAAAAGAAGGUCCUCCUGGAGAUCCUGGACUCACCGGCGUUCGAGGUCAGGAAGGCAAAUCUGGCCAGAUUGGUGAGCGAGGCAAGCUGGGACCAAAGGGAGCCAAAGGUCACCAGGGUCACCUGGGGGAGACUGGAACAGUCGGGAAGACGGGACCAACUGGAUUUGUUGGGCCAAAGGGCUCAAGAGGAACCAUUGGACCUGUGGGGGCCCCAGGUAGAAUGGGUCAACAAGGGGAGCUAGGUCUGGCUGGUUAUGAGGGUCACCAGGGACCCCAGGGCCCAAUAGGGCGUCCAGGACCAAAAGGUGAAAAGGGUGAGCAAGGGGAUGAUGGGAAGGUGGAGGGGCCUCCUGGUCCUCAGGGUGACAUCGGUCCACCAGGCAACAGGGGGGAGAGGGGCGAGUCGGGGGACCCAGGAUACAUAGGUCAGCCAGGUGUGGAUGGAGACAGAGGCAAGCAUGGCGCCACCGGCCUGCCCGGUCACGCUGGACCUCGCGGACAGCAAGGCCCCAAAGGAGCCAAAGGAGAUCUAGGUCAGAAGGGCAAGCAGGGUCAGAGAGGACAGAAGGGGACCCGAGGAACUCUGGGUGUGAUGGGCCUGCCUGGUCCGAGGGGCGUGGUGGGCAGAGAGGGGCAGGAGGGCGCCCCGGGGUCGGACGGAGCUCCGGGGAAGGACGGGAGCAUGGGCGUGCCGGGCGAGCAAGGGGACGACGGGGAGUUUGGUGUACCUGGCAACGCCGGUGCCCGCGGCAAGUUGGGCGGGCCAGGGUUGCCGGGUGAGCAGGGAACGUUCGGACCCAAGGGAGAACGGGGGCUCCCGGGCCAGACCGGCUCCCCAGGGAAGAGGGGGUUCAGAGGAGGGAUGGGCCUCCCCGGACCACAGGGGGACCAGGGGCCCAAAGGACAGCCGGGUGAUCCUGGGGAGUCAGGAUUCCCAGGAAUUUUGGGAGUGUUCGGUCCAAAGGGGCCUCCAGGGGACUUUGGGCCCAAGGGCAUACAGGGACCUAAAGGACCACAGGGGACCGUGGGCAGAAGUGGAGUGACUGGUCCCAUGGGCAUUAUAGGACCUGGUGGCAGCACAGGACCUAAAGGAGACAAGGGCAGCCGUGGAGAGAUGGGGAUACAAGGCCCCAGGGGUCCUCCUGGGCCUCGCGGACCUCCAGGACCCCCAGGUCCUCCCGGUAUCCCUCUCUCAUUCAGAGACGAGGGGCUGCAAGUGUUUGUGGACUCUCACUCUCCACUCAGGACCGAGAGCAAGCCGCUGAUGGACCUACCCAUGUUGGAUCAGGGCACAGAGAUCUUCAAGACCCUCCACUACCUCAGCAGCCUGGUCCAGAGCCUGAAGAACCCACUGGGCACCCGUGACAACCCCGCACGCAUCUGCAGGGACCUCCACAGCUGUGAACAGAGGAUGAACGAUGGCACUUAUUGGGUCGACCCAAACCUUGGCUGCUCCUCAGACACAAUAGAGGUGUCCUGCAACUUCACAGGAGGAGGGCAGACCUGUCUAAGACCCAUCACUGUCUCCAAGUUGGAGAUGAGUGUGGGGCGUGUCCAGAUGAACUUCCUGCACCUGCUGAGCUCCGAGGCAGUGCAGCACGUGACCAUCCACUGCCUGAACAUUUCCAUCUGGAGGACCUCCCCUGACCUGCCACCUUCCCAGGAGGCCGUGCGUUUUAGGGCCUGGAGCGGGGAGAUGAUCGAGGUGGGGGGAGAUCUAGAGCCCUACGUUCUCGAAGACUCUUGCUGGAUGAAGGAUGGCCGUUGGCACCAGACCCAUUUCCUGUUGCGUUCCCAGGACCCCCAGCUUCUCCCUGUGGUGAACAUCUACAACCUGCCCCUGACCACGCCCGGAUCUCACUACCACCUGGAGGUCGGACCUGUGUGCUUCCUGUAAGGCAGCCCAGUGUGUGUGCGUGUUUGUGUAAGUGUGUGUAUGUGUGUGUGUGUGAGCAGGGACGGACCCUGACCUCUCAGACACCCCCCCUCCCACUCUCUCCCACCCUGACAAAGCAUGGUCCAGAAGGGACACCCGCCUCCCCCACACAUCACCACCUCACCCCACACUGCUACCCCCUUCUCUCAUUAGACUGAUGUAACAGAGGGAGGAGGUGAGGGAACAGGGGGCAUGGAUGAGGUGGAAGAAGAUGAACAGAGAAGGAAGAGGAGUGGAGUUCUCGAACUAGCAGUUCCUCAAAACAAAGGCAAUGCAUCCUUCCAGCUGUUCAGGGAAGGGUUGACCCCCCAAGCAGGCUGUGGAUGUGUGCUCGGAGACCACGCUUGAAGCCCCACACACAUUCCCUCUCUGGAACAAUGCCAGGUCGAGGGAGAGUCAGGCCAAGUCAAUACUGCCAACUCCCCUCCCUCUACCGAGAAACUUAUAGUAAAUUAUUAUACAGUGUGUACUUUUAAUUACAAAGGAACAACAUUCUGUUCGAGACAAUAAUUCAAGUAAUUGGGAGCAAUUAAAUGUACAUAUAUAUGUAUUCUUAUUCUUUAACGUUUAAACAUGUAUAACUUCAUGUAAAGAAAUAAUCUUCAAGUGCAAUAGAAAAUAUAAAGAUAGUUUUAUAUUAUAUUCCAGACGUUGUCGGAUAAUGUCCAUUCAGGGGUGCUGUUUAUUCAUUUGUGCCAGAGGUGCUCGUCCUAUCUCCCCCCCCCCCCACCCCCCCCCCUCUCUCUCUCACUCUAUCUUGCCUGUGUGAAUCUGGACAGGGAGACCCUGCACCUUUUCUUUGGUAAUGUCAAAUUAGCAGAAAGCACAAAAACAGAAUCCCUAUAAGAAAACUUUACAUGUUUCCCAAAGGUGCAGGACCCCUUCUCUCUGUCUGGCGAGGUCAGCCAAGGAACUGAUUUAAAGUCAGUUUGGUCAUUUCCCUAUGCAUGGUAAAGGUUAGAACUCUGGGAGGGUCAACUGGUCCUAUACCAGUGCCAUAUGCCAGUUCAUACCCAGAACUAGAGUUCUUGCUCUUGCCAAAGAUAGAUAGAUACUCAUAGCCCCCAGGAUCACAUCCCCUCUAGCUAGGCCCCAUAGGAUCACAUCCCUUCUAGCUAGGGCCCAUAGAAUCCUAUCCCUCUAGCUAGGCCCCAUAGGAUCAUAUCCUAUCCCUUCUAGCUCAAUAGGAGAAGGUAUGGAAGGAGAAGAUCACACCUCUGCUUGGUCUCCUCCCCGUCCCACAAAAACAUGGUGCUGGUCUAAGUUGUUCAUGUUCUUAAUAGUCAAGUGAGAACGGGAGUCAGAAGUAUAACAAAGCAGGACUGAAGCGGUGCUAUCCACCUAGUCUGAGGUGCUACGGUAACCUGGUGCUCUUACAACAGGUCACACCACUCUGCCAAAGCAAACAAACACACACAUCCAUGUCACCAAAGUUCAGCAUCUGUAAUGCACCCUACAUAGAUAGAUGUGAUAAAAGAUCAAAUAACUGAAUAGAUAACUGGAUGAACUUGUCCUUAACAUUCAGUUAAACUUCUGCCACAAAACCAAACCAACUUGACAUCAACACUCUGAGAAGAAAAUGUUUUAUUUGAAAGGAAUAUUGGAGAAAUAUUGAAGAACAUUUUUGAUUAUUAAUUGUGUAUCCAUUCAUAAAAAGACAGGGUUUGAUGUUUUCAUUUUUUAAACAUGGCAUUAUCAGUUAAUCUGUACAAAUCCCACCAAUGUAGGUAAUAUUUUACAGAUAGGGAUGAUUAAAUAGGAAAAGCCUUUCGUUAAUAUUGAACACAAAUGUGUAUAAUUAUACAAGCCGUGUUGUAUACAGUGGAUCCGCUCUUGCUAAUUUAAUGUUAUUUAAAUGUUGUUUUACCGUGGUUGCCGAAUGAGCAAGGCUCUCUUUGUCAAAGCAAUGAAAGAUCUUUUCUCUGAUAACUUUAUGUAUCAGUUUGCCCAACUGGUCUUGGAGUUUAUAGAUUUGUAUUUUAUGUGUAAAUUUGGGGCUCCAGAGAACAAAUUUAUUGCAAUGUUUAUUGUCGUUUAUUUUUUUAAUUUUUGUUUUGUCCUUCUCAGAUUAUUUUUUCUCUCUAUGAUAAUCAAACAUGUACUGUACCGGCUAUAACUAGUGUUUUUAAAGAAACUUAUGUCAAUAUGUGAAAGUUCUGUUUUUGUAAAUCAGUUUAAAACGUUCAAAUGAUUUAAGAAUACCUCACAGUUUUACACAUUACUCUGAGGAGCCAUUCUCUGGUGCCUGUGUACUCUAUUUCCUUCUUGGAAAACAUUUGCCAAAUAUCUCACAACUCUCCAUGUCAGACUAUUACAGGUGCCAUUAUACAUUUGUCUUUCCCUUGCAUUUUUAUGUACAAUGUUCAGUUGUUCAAUAAAUACUUUUUAAACUGGGUUUGGACCUGUUGGUUUAAACACUUGCAUACCCAAUAAAAAUAUUUCUUUUUCUACA